ACAAACUUUAUAUUCAACGUUUGUGAAAAAAUGGCUUGGUCGUAUAGCAUGGGAAAGCCAUCGACCAAUACCAUCCGUGAGAGAAACGACAUAUGUGUAUAUCACAAAAAGAGUGUACAGAUCAUCAAACCUCUGGUGGGCUAACUUGCAAGAUGACAUGAUGAUGUGUGUUUCUGGUAUUUCCGGAGGAUCGAACCAUCUCGAUGAAUCAAGCAAUUAUCAGCAAGACAAUAUGAUUGCAUAA